AUGCACAAGCUUCGAGAGAAAAACACCGGUGUUUCUCCCUCCUCUGGCAAUACUUCGCUGCCCACCUCAGAAAUGGACGACAACUCAUCCUCUUUGGCAGGGUCUGGAGGCGGAGCGGUGGGAAAACCAAAAACCCCCUUGCGCAAAGAUGAGCUAGAAAGAAUAGCCCAACAAUUAAAAAGAAGACUUCUGAAAGCUUCCAUCACCGCUAAGCAAGCCAAGACCCCAGACCGGACCGCGUCGGCCAUCUCGUAUGCCUCGUUGCACACGGGGGUGGCAAACGACGGGUCAGCAACCAGAACUUCUGCGACCAGCACCGCGUCGUCUGGGUCGGCAAUUCGGUCCCGCCAGCACAAGUCGCCGUCAGUGAAUGGUAUUCUCUCGUCGUCACCCAUAGACCUCUACUCGCCUUCGGGCAGGUCUCCUACCCAUAUGAGAACGCCGUCGGCGUUAUACAACAUGCGUCGCAAUAAUGGCAGCGAUUCGUCGCUUUUGGGGUCGCCGUCGCGCGGCCGGACGGGAACGACUUCGGGAACAGUUUCGGGAACGGCUUCGGGAACCACUUCUGCAGCUACUACGGUUUCUGCUCCGGCUUCUGCUUCUGCUUCUGCUUCAGCUUCGGCCAAACAACCCCAGAUGGUGCUCCAGGAGCUCGCACCGUCAACCCCCGGCAAACACCACGACGGGGCGCUGGACGCUCCCACCCUUGAGCCUUCGCCGGUGCUCAAUUCCACCAGCAACCCGCAAACAACCCCGACUCUUCCCAAGAAACAGCUCGCAACUCUGUUGCUCCAGACCCCCACCCAGCCUCAGCGCACGCCCAGAAAUGGCAAUGGCAAUUUUAACGACACAGAGGGAGCGGAUCUUCUCAUGUACCUCGCCACCUCACCGUCGCCAGCACGAUCCUUCACCACCAGCUCCAGCAAGUACAACGGUGGAAACCACUCCGCCAACGGAACGUCGCACAACUUUAUUGCCCCACCUCCACUCACUCCAAAACGGCCCCACGUAAUCAACUCGAAAACCCCACAGCGCCUCACCCCGCUGGUGAAUCUUCUCAGCACAUUCAACGCAGCCGGAUUGCCGUCGUCGGCACUCACACUCACGCCGGCUGGGUUUAAUAUGAACGAUUAUGUCAACUUUUUCACACCUUCUCCUGGAGCAGCGAUGGCUGCAAAACCAGUGCCUAGAACCCCUGAUGUCUCUGCCAAACAAGUUGACGGCAAAAUGAUCAAUUUCGAUCGCGUGGGAUUGUUCAAUGGCGAAAACAAGGACUAA